GUAGCCCCUUAAUUUGAACACCAGGAGCCUGAGCUAGUAGGCCAGCUGUGGGCUUUUAAUUCCUGUGUAAUGAUACUCUAAAACUUCUACCCCAUAUUGUCUUGUAUUCCUUAUAUCUAUUCUACAGCGUUCUAGUAUUUUAUCACUGCUUGUUGCAUUAAACUGUUUAGGCUAAAACUGUGCCAGUCCUUAUGUAGCUAUGUGAGAGGAUGGAAUAAGGAGCCUUCUUCCAGCCAUUGCCCCAGACAGCACUGUGCCUUGCACAGGCAAGAGCCUUCCGAUGUUCUACGCUAUUCUUUACAACAGGACAGGGCUAAAAAUAUGUAACCCUUCGUCCCCUUUCCCCUCCCAGCUAUGUUUAAAAUAUGUAUUUUCACCAUGCUUGAUAUAUUUGCAAUUUGCAGGUGAAACCACAUGAAAAAAAUAACCAUUUUUUUGUGCAUCAAUUCAGGAGGAUGCUCCGUAGUUCUGUUUUCAAAUGCAGACUCCACAUAAACUAAAAAAAGCUCAGAAGGGCACAUUAGAACUGUGGUCACGUUUCUGAGUUAUGCUGUUGUCCCAUUAAACUGAAGCACUGUUCCCUCCCUUCAUUUCUUACACAAGGCAAGACAUCCCAAUUAAUGUUGACACAUUUUGGAAAGACAAAUUUUCACGAUAAACUUUGUGGCCAUCUGUUGUGGGUUUUGGUUCAUUAAUCAUGAGGCUUUUUGUGAUAAACAUAUUGUGUCCUUGUCCUUGUUGCUCUUAACUUUUUGUUUCAAGGCAAACCAAUUUUUAAGUGUAAUGUUGCUGUGAACAGUGGAGAGAUACGAUACGGUUUUCCAGUUCUAAUCAUUCAGAGGAGAAAAAACUGCAGUAAAUCGAGCUAUGAUGAGAAGUGCUUUAUUUCAAAGCCUGCUCUUGAUUACAGCCGGAACAUACUUAACUUGCAGCCCCAUUUCUAAUCUAAUGGCUGACAGCACUACACAUCUUGCAGUGGAUCUCUACCAAGUUCUUCACUGUUUUAAAGAGAACAUCAUACACUCACCACUUGGUACUGCCUUACUUCUUGGAAUGAUUCAAUUGGGGGCAAAAGGAAAAGCACUUAAUGAGAUAAGACACGCUUUGAAUCUGCAAGGAAAUGAAGAUAGUGAAGAAUUCUCUCUGCUGCUCCAGACACUUUUCUCUGUCACCUCAGAAAAGAAAGAAUUUACAUUUAAUCUUGCCAAUGCCCUCUACCUUCAAGAAGGAUUCAUUGUAAAAGAACAGUAUCUCCAUAGCAACAAGGAAUUUUUUCAGGCUGCUAUAAAACUGGUGAAUUUCCAAGACCCAAAAGCUUGUGCGGAGACCAUAAGUACCUGGGUAGAAAACAAAACAGAUGGCAAAAUAAAAAAUAUUGUGUCAAGUGAAGAAUUUGGUCCUCUCACUAGGCUUAUUCUGGUGAAUGCUAUUUACUUCAAAGGAGACUGGAAGCAGAAGUUCAGACAAGAAGCUACCCAUGAUAUGGAUUUUACUAAGAGAGAUGGUUCUGUAAUUAAGAUACCAAUGAUGCAUCUUCAGAUGAGAACAAAAUUUGGCCAUUUUUCUGGCAAUAAUGUGCACUACCAAGUAUUGGAAUUACCUUAUAAAGGGAAGGAGUUCAGCUUAGUUUUAACACUUCCUUCAGAAGAUGUAAGUAUAGAAGAAGUAGAAAAACUAAUUACAGCUCAGCUGGUAAAAGACUGGUUUGCUGAUAUACAAGAGGAAGACGUAGAAAUAAGCCUCCCUAGAUUUAAAAUGGAACAGACAGUGAACUUACAAGAAAUACUGCACUCUCUCAAUGUAACAGAGAUAUUUAAUGGUGGUUGUGACCUUUCUGGAAUAACAGAAUCAUCUGAAAUACAUGUUUCUAAAGCCAUCCAAAAAGUCUGUAUUGAGGUAAAUGAAGAUGGCAGUGAAGCUGCAGCAUCCUCAAGUACACAGAUGGCAGCUAUCAUGAGUAUGUCACAUAACCAGUUUGCAGCUAACCGUCCAUUCCUAUUUAUCCUGAAACAUAAUCCAACAGGUUCAAUUGUGUUUAUGGGAAGACUGGCAAAUCCUGAAAUUGAAAAUACAAGGAGAAGAGAUAUGGAGUCACUAUAAUCACAAUAAAGAUGGAAAAAAUGUAAUUUUCUAAAAUUAAAGUUUGAUCAUUUUUACAGCCGAACUUGCUGUUUCCCACCCUUUUUAUUCUUUCAACACUAGAGCAUUAAGGAAUUUGAAGUUUCAAAAUAAAAAUUGUGUCUGCUUAGUAGCUGAUUUUCUGUCUUCACAAUGACUGAAUGAUUUUGUGUUCAUUGCAGAG